CAGUUCAGCACUUCUCAUGAAAAUGACAGGGAAAAACAACGAUGUUGGGCCACGAGUUACUGAAGACGAUGUUCGACUUCUGAUAAAAAGAAAAGAUGACAUUGAAGAGCAAAUUAAAGCAUACAGCGACAUGCUCAAAACCGAAGGUGUAGGCAUGGACGCUCCUCUGGUUGAUGUGGAAGGCUUUCCUCAUGCAGAUGUGGAUUUGUACAAGGUCCGAACAGCAAGGCACAAUAUCUCUUGUUUACAGAAUGAUCACAAGGCUAUCAUGGUGGAGAUCGAGGAGGCCCUUCAUAAGCUGCAUGCCUCAGCAAGGAUCAAACCUGAGAAAGAUGAGAGAAAGAUGGAAGCCACUGAGGAGGCUGUGUCUCUUUCAGAUCCGUUUGCACUGCUGGACGCCGUCACACAGGGCUCUCCUGCUUUUCAGGCCGGUUUGCGCGUCGGUGAUGAGAUUAUAGAGUUUGGGUCUGUAAACACACAAAACUUCAGGAAUCUGCAUGACGUUGCUUCUGUUGUCCAACACAGUGAAGGGAAAUCCCUGCGUGUUGGAUUGCUUCGAAGUGGACAAGAAAUGCAUCUUAAUUUGACUCCGAAGCAAUGGUCUGGUAGAGGACUACUAGGGUGCAACUUGGUACCUCUCCACAGAUGACCAGUGAAGGACGAGGAUCUUUAUGCCAAACAUCACACCUUUUUUGCAGUGUAACUUUAAUUUUGCUUUUGCGUUCAUUGUAAAAUUGAGUUGAGUAAAUAAAUUAC